CACACACGCUAACUCUCUCUAUAGUGAGAUAGUGUUAACGACCAGCAUCCCUGCCAACAUCCUCGCGUCACAUUAUUCGAAGACGACUCUUGGGCCUCCUUCACUCGUGAACUACGUUCACUGCUCACAGAAGGGAAGAGACAGCCUUCGCAAAAGAAGUUAAUACGAGUUAUUUCUCUAAUUAUAUAUCCUUUGUUUAGCACAAUUUUUGUCGGGUAAUUAGGGUUUUGGAUUUUAGGUCCUGAGAAAGCUUAAAGCUUGUUAUUUAGAGUGUAUUCUGCCCUUGUCAAUACCUAAAUUUGAAAAAAGAAUGGCGGAUUUUGAGUACUUGCACAAUAUGUAUGACAUUAGGCUAAGGCCUCGUUUGUUAAGGUCUUUAAUGGCGGAUAGGGUGCCUGAUGAGAAGCGGCCAUUGUCAAGCCCUUUGGAGCUGUCUAAUGUCGUCUCUUGUAUCAAACUCCAUAAGUUAUUAUCAGAAACUUAUCCUGUAAAGGUCGAUAAAUCUAAUUUCAAUGACUGGAAGAGCGCGGUGGACUCAUGGAUUGAGCGCUUAUUAUCAUUGGCCUCAAGCGAAAUGCCUGACAAGUGUUGGGCAGGUGUUUGCUUGCUAGGCCUAACAAUCCAAGAAUGCAGUUUGGAUCGUUUCGUGGCGUCGUACUCUAAUUGGUUUCAAAGGCUUCUUGUACACUUGAAGCCUGCAUCAGGCUCUCAUUUCAUCAAAGUGACUGCAUGUGCUUCCUUACUGGAUCUGUUCACAAGGUUGGGUGGCAUCCCAAAUGUAAAGAAAGAGGGAACAUCUCUUGCUGGGAAGCUGAUACAACCAAUUCUGCAGUUAUUGUCUGAGGAUUGCUCAGAGACUGUAUGCGAAGGAGUGGUCGAUUUGUUAUGCACCCUCAUAACCUUCUUUCCAUCUUCUAUUCAUCAUCAUUAUGAUAACGUUGAAGCUGCCAUUGCUUCCAAGAUUAUCUCUGGGACAUGUAGCACAAGUGUCUCCAAGAAGUUCGCCCGGGGCCUGGCUUUCCUUCCCAAGGCAAGAAGUGAUGCAGAUAGCUGGUUCUCUAUGAUGCAAAAGAUAAUUAUUUCAAUUAAUAGCAAUCUCAAUCAGGCUUUUGAAGGCCUAGAAGGAGCAACUAAAGGUACUGAAGUGACUGCUAUCUUGGUUCCACCGGGUAAAGAUCCACCUCCACCUUUGGGAGGUCAGUCAGUGUUGGCCCUUAAUGAAACAACAAAACGAUUUUGGCAGUUGCUUACUCCCCGAGUGUCUGUUCUGAUGCAAUGCUGUUCAAUGAUGCUUACCAAUGCUUACCCUGUCCAGGUGACUGUCCCUAUUCGUCCUCUGCUUGCACUUGUUGGACGAGUAAUGUCUGUGGAUGGUGCUCUUUGCCAGACUUUGAUGCCCAUUCUGCUAGUUUCUCAACAAUUGUUUCUUUGCUCUGAGCUACCAUUAUUGCAAUUAUGUAGUUUGGAUUUACUGACUUCCAUAAUCAAGGGGGUGGGAAGUCAACUGUUGCCUCAUGCUGCUGAUGUUGUAAGGCUCCUAACAGAGUGCUUCAGGAGAUGUGCAUUGCCUGAUUUAAGAAUAAAGCUUUACUCAAUUGCACAAACCCUGCUGAUCUCUAUGGGCAUAGGAAUGGCUCUUUACCUUGCAUCAGAAGUACUUACAAAUGCAUUUGUUGACCUGAAAUUUACCAAUCACAACUCUGUCAUAAGCUCAUUCGAACUUCUCAAUUCAAAAAAACAAAGGGCGGUGGGGCCACCCUCAAACCAAUGUAAAAGGAAGCGUGGCUCUGAACCGCAGCCCCUGAGUGCAGUUGAUGCUGAAGCUGAAGAUCAAAACAUCAAUAGCACAAUUCCAGUUUCUGUGCAAAUAUCAGCACUGAAGGCAUUGGAAGCCCUUCUCACUGUGGGUGGGACGCUGAGAUCAGAGUGUUGGCGCGCCCAAGUGGACCUUCUUCUGAUAACUACGGCCAGCAAUGCUUUUGAUGGGUUUAUUACAUUUGGGGAAGCAAAUGCCCUCAUAGCUGAUGAACCGGCAUCCAUAAGAGCUGAUUUUCAGCUUGCUGCUUUUGAAGCACUCUUAGCAUCUCUUCUCUCUCCAUGUGGCCAUCGUCCACCUUAUUUAUCUCAGGGCCUUGCACUCUUCCGUGAAGGCAAGAGGGAGGGAGGAACAAGGCUUGCUGAGUUCUGUGCUCACGCUCUGUUAGCUCUAGAGCCACUCAUCCACCCUCGUGCGCUUCCAUUAUCAUCAGUUGCAGCAACUAACAUGGGACGUAAGUUGGAUGAGACUACAUUUUCCAGUGGUCAAAAGCCAGGGAUGCCAUUUCUUGAUGAAAGGGCAGGACCCUCAAGUUCCAAAAGCGACGAUUUUUAUGAUGCCUUGUGCUCAAGCUGGCUUAAAAACAGCGAGGAGCCCGAGUCCAAAGACAUGAAUCAGGCAGAAGAGCCAGGUGUAACUGGGGUUUUUGGCCAAGGAGCGGCAGAGAAUGUGAGUGGUAAUAGGGAGAAAGGGUUUGAACCUGGCGUUUUCGACAAGGAAAUGGAGAAAGAUAAGAGAGAGGGGGAGUUCAGAACUGGUAUUUUUGACAAGGAAAUGGAGAAUGUGGGUGAUAGGAGAGAGAAAGUGUUUGGAACCUGUAAUUUUGAGCAAGAGAUGAUGGAGAGUGAGGCCGAGAAGGGAGAGAAAGUGUUUGAAACCAGUGUUUUGGACAAAGAUGUAAUGGAGAAUGUGGAAGAUAAGACCGAGGAAGUGUUUGGAGGGGAUGCAUUGGAUGGCAAUGUGGUUUCCCGAACAGGUGAACCAUUUUCAAGUAAGGGUUUUAUGGUGGCAUUAUCAGAUUCUGAACCAGAACCCUUACCGGACAUUGUUGAUUCCGAUCCAGACACCGAUUAGACUCGCAGGUUUUGUCCUUGGCUUAACUUGAGCUUCAAUUUUGUUUUUGUAUAUUAUUUUCGUAAUAGUAAAACAUGCUUAUAAAGUUUUUGAGUACCAAAUUUUAGUGAUUGAAUCAAAUUAAACUUAUAAUUAA